UCGGCAGGCAGACUCUCAACCACUGCGCCACCAGAGAAGCCCUCCAAUGUCCUCUUGUUCUGCUCUCUAGUGAUUCUUUUCCAUCAGAAUUGACCCAUGUUUGAAGAUCAGUAGCUUUCUCUGUCUUCUUUCUGCUCAUAGAAAUCUGGAGGCCCAGAAUCGCCUUUUCAUCUUGAACAGUAUUGCCCCCCCCGCCCUUAGUCCAGCUGGUAGUGCUCUUAUUAAUAUAAUUCUCUUAAAAUUUUUGUAGGUCUCCUGUGAGUCUUCUCAGCGUUUCCUCUAUGCCCCUAGAAGUCACAACUGUAAUUCUUUUCAAGACAGACCUCUCUCUACUUUGGACAUGUCAGGAUUCUAUGAGACAAUGCCCCUCAGGUUUUUAGAAGCCCUCUUUCUCUUGCUGAGAGGGUCUGUAAGACUCUUAAACGUGGUCUGAGCUCUUAGAGUCAUACCCUUAAUUCCGUCUUUACUCUGAGGCCAUGUGUUCCUUUAGGAAUAUUUUGCUGACUGUCCAAUCUGAAAAUGUGAAAUACUUUUAUUUUCCAAUCAGCUAGGUAAUCCGAAUUCUUUUACAUUCUCUCUAAAUUCUGCUUGCAAACAGCAGGGGUUUUGUUUGGGGAUUUUUAAAGCUCAUCUCUUCCUUCUGUAUCUUAUCCUAUACCGAUUCACCCUGUCUGGCUCCACGUCACAGAAUGUUCAUGAGUGAGAUCAGUUCCAAAGGGGGCCUCCUCCCUGUAUGAGCCUCAGAAUGGUGAACACUGGCGACUGAUAAAGUAUAGUUCCGCACGGGAACUGCCGCAGCCCUUUUCCCUGUGGGCUUUCGUGUCACGGUGCAGUGGCACCUGGGGGUUUAGGGAACAAGGCUUGUGCUCUUCUUGCAUCGCGCUGCAGCUCGCUCGCUCUCACCUCUCUCUCCACUGCCCCCUGUUCCUCCCCAGACCCCUCCCUUCCCUUCUCUUCUUCCUAAGGGAACUAUUUAGUACUAACACGUCUGUCAGGGCCCCUUCCCCAGAGUGGAGCUGCAGAGGGAGGAAGCCGUUCAGAGUCGCUCCGGCCCACAGGCUCGAGACCACCGGCCUGGUCCAGCAGUGUGAUGGAGACCCCGGACGCAGCCCGGAGGCCUCCGUCUCCCAAGGCCCCGCUUCCUCUGCACAAGCAUGGGUGCUCCUACCUUCCUCUGGAGUCUGCGGCCCCGGCCCCCUGGGAGGGCACAGAGCCCGUCGUAGACACAGGACCCUGGGCUGAGGGGCAGGCCUUGACCAUCCCGUCUCAGGACUCUGCGCCGCAUGCCCGUUCAUCCUUCUUUCUCCUUCCAGCUCCCAAUUCAUUUCCCCACGUGUUACCAAAGUUAGGGAAAGGUGAGGGGGCGGCUGUGUUCAGAGGCUGCUCUGCUUCCCUGGGCUUCCCUGGACUCCGCGGGGUUCUGCAAAGCUGCCUACAGGGCUCCAUGGGGGAGAUGAUCCCAAGAAGAGAAAGAUCACUUUUAAUAUCGGUCUUUGUCAAGUUCGCUCUCAGCCAAAGGUGAAACGGGGUCCUCGGCGUCCAUGCCCGUCUUUGAUGCUGCAGGUGAGGCUCAGCCGGGAGCUGGUCCCCUGAGCGCUGACCCUUGAGGGGCUGCCGCCUGCAUCACGAGUCUGUGGCCAAAGAGCGCUGCCCGGAGCGACGUGCACCCUCUGCACGCCCCGUGCCCACUUCAGGAGUACCUUCACGUGGGCAGCCUCAGGCCUGACCCCUCCAGCACCAGAUGCCGCCGUCCAUGGGUUCUGAACACACGUGGCCACAGCUGGGCGACCCAGGCUGAUCUGGUCCCCGUGUCUGUGGGAGACACAGCGGGCUCUUAUAGCCCAGCAGCCCGGGGUGAAAGCUGCUGUGAACAAGGAUUUUUCUUAGAAAACAUCAAUGUCAGAGAAGACAGAGGCGGUGAGAAUGUUCCAGAGGAAAGGAGAGUAAGGAGACAGGGCAGCUAACUGCAAUCCCUGCUCCUGGACGGGUCCUAGGUUAGAAGGGAGUGUGGGAAGGGCAUUAUUGGUCGAUUGAAGUUCUGCGUCGAUGCUGCAGUUACUGAAGUUGGAAGCAGUGCCCUGACCCCUGAGACACACCCUGAAAGUUUGGGAUGAAUACCCACAAUGCGUCCCUCCCAAGCGGCUCAGAAAAAAUAGGCAGGAGAUCAGCAACGAUGCUCUCAGCAGGACGUGAAUCUGGGCGAAGGAUUGGUGGGCGUGCGCUACGUGGUUCUGUUCCGCCAGCUUUCCUGUCGGUUUGAAAUUAUUUCCAAGCAGAAACUUUUAAGAAAACGGUGUGGUUUUGUGAGGGCCGGCCUGGGUGUCGAGCGAGGGCCCAAGGCAGCCUGAGGGGGCCGGGGGUGGGACCGCUGGGCAGGCAACUGCCCAGGGCGCCGUUUAGCGCGUGUAGAUCUGCAGACCAUCUGAGGCCUUUCCCUGAAAGCCGGGUCCAUCUACCAGCAGUGCGCAGACACUAACCUCUUACUUUCCGUUUUACUGGCAAGGCGGUAGCAGGAUAUUGAAUGGCGUGGGGCAGAGCGUCUUCCGUAAGUGUUUGGAUCUGGGGGAGGCUGAAUACCUGUUGUCUCUCCCCAUUUGCUCCUAAGCCCUCAGAUACCCUUAACGUUUGGAUUGAUUCUCCUCAUUGGGCCUGUCUUCUGUUUGGUUUCAGGCACUUUCCAGUAAGUGCGCCAAGUGCUCUGGGGCUCCGGAGAGGCACUGAGGAAAUCAAUAUGUGCCCAUCAGCGUCGUCGCGGCGGUUACGAGAGCCGGCGGCCCCCGAGCUGGCCCACCUGAGGCGCACGUCCUCCCGGGCUGCCUCCCGGCCGACGGCCGGCCGGUUCCGUCUCCAUGAUGGCCGGUGUGGCCUUAUCCAUGCCUCGCUGUUAGCGGAGGGCUCGAGUCCUCCAGCUCCUGUCCCAGACGCCUUGAGGGUCAUGGUCCAGGGUUGCGCGUUCGUGUCCUUCCCCUGCUGGUCCAGACGAGAGCCCCCAAGGUUUGGCCUGCCCCCCGGAGCCUGCCGUCGCUUGGGGCGGGGGCAGCGGCACGCCCACGGGGAUUCCAGACCCGCUUCGGUCUCCGGGGGUUUAUGCCAGUCCUGCCCUACCUGGGUAUUUGCUGGCUCCUUUUGAGGAAGGACUGGGGUCACUGAUUCCAUGAAUCGUUCGCGUGUGGAAACAAGAAUAGUCUUGACACCCGCGCAGCACUUUACAGUUUCUGAAGCUCCUGUGUGGACCUUGUGCGUCUCACGGAAACUCACAAUCUUCCCAAGAGGCGAGUACGCAGACGGAGGCCUCUGGGCUCUCAGGGCUGAGCCGGGCCGAGCUCUGGGCCCACCUGCCCACCGUGCCCCCAGGCACUGUCCAUCCAGACUGCGGGCCGAGGAGCUCCCCUCGGGCAAGCUGGGUUCCCAGGUGCCCCCGGUCAGCAGCGCAGGAAAGGGAGGUGGACUUUCCUCUCCUCUGCCGUUUGUUCGAGCGGGAGAGCGAGCCGGGCUGCUUGUGCACUGCUUCUUUCCUUCAAGUCGCCGGCAGGGCUUUCCCAGCCUGAAAGGGUAUCGAUCAGCUUGUGAUUCAGUGGCGUCCACCGAGCCACCGCCCCCACCCCCACCCCCACUGCAGAGCUCACAGCGGUGGGAGGGCGGGGCUUCCCGCGCGUCCCGCGCUGCGUCCGGUUCCACCCCCGUGACCCACGCUUCCGCCCCCGCAGCCGGGCCCUUCCGGAUUCCGUCACAGCUGGGCUCUGCCGACCUGUCCGGGGUGUUAAUGGCCCCGUGGGGAGAAGGCGGGUCGGCUGCCCCCACGAGGUGGUGCAGUUUGCUCCGAAGUGCCCGGGGCCCUCCUGCCGCGCCGUCUCCACUUCCCAGGCCCAUGGCUCCCUCCCGGCCCGUCUGUUUCAGGGCUGAGAACUUCCGCUCACCGAGGGCUCGAGCCAGGCCUAGAGAAGCUCCUGAAGCCGUGCUGGACGUGGCCCCGUGGCAGUGCCCAGGGCCCCCGCCCCGUCCCCUCAGGACCCGCGUGGCCCUCUCGUUGCCGCUGCAGAGUUGUGCACAGCGUCCUGCCCGGCCCCCCGCUGGUUUGUCCAUCAGACUCCGACUCCUGCUGCGCUUCACUUCCAGGUGGCGGGGAAGAGGCAGUGCUUCCUGGCUUCCUCCUGCAGACACCUUGAGACGAACAGUGUCCAGAAUGUCUGUCUACUCUUGCUGAUUUGCAAAAGCUCAUCGCAUACUGAGAAGGUGAACCCUUAGUGGCAGGACCCUUUCUGUCUCCCCUGGUGGCUGCAGCCCCACGCCAGCCUGGGUCCCGCUGGUCCCACAGUUGUGGAAGAAGGCAGUGAAGAGCUUGGUCCCUUGUAGGAGGGAACGUGUCAGGUGAGUGAGCUGUGGUCCAUGGCCACCAUCAGCACGGCGGUGGGCGUGGUCUGAGGGGCAGGGUGAUGCGUGCUGUGCCGGUGUUUGCUUCUGAUACUUCGUUUCUGUUCUGCCCAGUGCCUCUGACUGUUGUGGUUCAUUCUGACUCUACCACCCAGACCUUCUCCGUUCAUCAUGUCCUUGUCCUGUCCCCAUUGUCAUCUGGAAGGGUGACAAGCUUUUACUGAGCCCUGGCUGGGUGUUGGCCAAAGGGCUCAGCCCUUGCAGUCCAGUCCCUCUGGCGCUGCCUCGGUGGCCGCAGCCUGGCCCUUUCCUGUUCCUGCGCCGAGUGAAUGGCCCCCCUGCCUGCACUGCAUAUGCCACGUGGACCCAAGGGGCACCUGGUACACACAGGCGUCCAGUUUCCCCAGCCAUGUGGGUCCACCUGUGGACCGUGAGGUGACCUGAGAACAGCAGGGAUGAAGCACUCGGGAGCAGCUCUUUGCCGGCCUCCUGUAUGUUGCAAAGGCCCCGGGGACACGAGCCUCUGCCCUUGGUUUCGGGUCUGUGAGCCGGUGACAUUGGUCGUACCCUGAGCUCCAGUUGAUACUGGGCCGGACAGACCAGUUUCCAUCUCGCAGCCUGUCCAGGUGGCCUGGCUGAGCCAGGCCCCUCGAGCCCUGGGGCACGUGCCCUCCUGACUUGGCUGGGAGGGAGGUAUGGUGGUUCUCCAUCCAGAUGGCCUCGCUCGCUCUUCCUCUCUCUCUCUCUCUCUCUCUCUCAUUAAUUCCUGAAGGUCUCUGAAGCCUAAAUCAGGGGAAAAAACAGAGGGUUUGGAGACAGGAGACUUUGUUUGGCAUCGAGCCCUGGUCCUUCCAGCCUUGUGACCUUGGGCCGGUCACCUGCCCCCUGCAAACUGAAGUGUUGUCACCCGAGAGAGGGGAGCCAGAUCCAGCACAGAGUCCCAUGGGUCUGCCAAACAGGAUCCUGUGACAGGUGUCCCUCGACCCUCCGGUGCCACAUGUGGGUGAGGCACAAUGCUUAUCUGCUAUUUGGAAAGGUGUUGGGUAUUCUGCUCGCUGAGAAAUUGUAUUUUAAGAGGCGGUUUCUGAGGAAUCUUGAAUCAAAAGUGAUGUUCACUUCCGUCCUGAAGUAGUGCCUACCCCGAUCUUGUCCGGAGCCCCAUCCUUCCGACACACCCAAACUAAGUCCCGGAUGCUCGGUGGUUCACCGCAGCCUCGACCGGGUGCCCUCGAUGUAGAGAUAGGAAGGUGAGGAAAGCACGGCCUUGGCUCGUCCUCAGAAGACUCAGAGUCCUUCCAGGGUACAACAGGAGACCCCUGGGAGGCAGCAGCUGUAGAAGCCUCCCUGGGAGAACUCCCAGGGCAGGCUGUGCUCAGGAGUGAACGCUUGGGCUCCGACUGGAUGGCCAAGUGGGACUGGCCGCGUUUUCUCUCCACCCCACAUCGUAAGCUCUUGGGGUGUAGGGCACACUCCACGUGGCUCCACGUGGGGUGGCACAGAGCAGAUCCAGGGCAUGGCAGGUACGAACCAAAACUCACUGCAAUCCCAAGAGAACGUGUCUCUGUUGGCCGCCCUCAGCGGAUCAUGACUGCAGACCUAGAAGUCACUGUGGGUUCCACGGAGGAUGUCCCCGGGUUAAGCCUCAGCUGGACUCAGAGCUGACAGGCACCUGCUGCUGUCGUGGGUCCACUUUGCCAGACCCGGGCGGUGGGGAGACCGCGUCUGAGUCUGCACGGGGUCCAGAGCCGCUCUGUUUGUCCCCAGGCCGGGGGCUGGGAGCCAUGUGCGUGCUGGCUGGCUCCCCAGCCCCAGACCGGCAGCCUCGCUCCCCGUGAAACCCACAGCCCUAUACUGGGGAUGACAAAUGACCAAAAAAUCAAUUUGUAAUCUGAUUGGAGGUUUUUGAUUUCCUCUGAUGAGUUUAAAUUUCAUUAAAAGCAACCUUAUUCCAACAUAAAAGGAAUCCUUGAAGGGUAAAGCAGGGGAUUGUCUCACCGAGUAUAAAGCAUCCCGACUCUUUUGUGUGAUUUAUUCAUCGCGUUAAUUGUGAGGGCCAACCCAGGGUGUCCGUUGGCAGCUGUGCCGUUAUCAGGGCCUGGGAUCGGCCGGGCGGGCUCAGAGCACAAGGACUCACAUUCAAAACUCGCUCUUUGGCAUAUUGACACUUGAGUUAUCAACAACUCUUAUUAUCUGCUGGGAGGGAGCUGGCAGCUCCUGGGGACAGAAGGAGCCACAAAUCCCGCCGCAGCCGCCCCUCUGCAUUCUCUUAAUUGUGUGUAUUCUCUGGAAAAAGUGAUCAUCGCAGCCUCUUGUCUUGAUGAGAAAUUGACAUUUUCUGAGGACUUCUCUGGGUGCCGGGCGGGGAGAUAAGGCCAGGGCUGUUUUGGGGGAGGGCGGGCGCCCCUCCUUUCAGGGGCCUCUUUAUUGCCCCCGUUGACCCGCUUGAUGAGUAUGGAUUUCAUGAGGUCUUUUUCAGCAUUUGAACUAUAAAAGGUUCAGAAUGACACCACCCCUUGUAGACAAAAGAUAACCUUGCCCUUUGAAUAUAUCGAUUCUUUAUUAACUAGGCUGUUUAAUGCAAUGAAAUGAGGCAUUAGAUUGAAGCCCAUUUCAAGUGCUUUGAAUAAUCUUUAAAAGCUUGGAAGACCCUGGAAGGUGGCCUGACAAUAAUUGGCACACAUUUGGAGAGAAUGCAGUUCUCAAUUCGGAUUCAAAACACAAACAUAAAAUAAUUUCCCUCCCCGCUGGUCACAGGGCCCAGGCAAGCAGCUCAGAGAGGCAGCCCCUGCCACGCCCCUGAGCAGGCAUCGCUGGCACCGGCUCAGAGUGGGGAAGGAGGCUGAAACGAGAAUGCAGUCAGAGAAACCUGAUUGUCAUUGACAGGAGAAAAAGAUUUGAUUUCUGCUGCAGUUUGCAAACCGUUUGCUGUGCUGUGUCUGCAAAGGGAAAAAAGAAACGACCCUCUUGGUCUCACGGCAGGUUUGGCACUAACAGGUACAGUGUCUGAAGGAGGUCAUUAUCCAGUUUAAAAAGUACAGACAGUGCUGCUGGGUUCUGACCACAAAAAACGUAUUGUUAAAAAAGAAUUUUAAACGAGGGGUGAUUGUGGGUCCCCUGAAACCUCUCUGAAUCGGAGGUGGGCUUGGGAGGACACAGCAGAACCAGAUGCAGAAAGGAGCGACACAGGGGUCUCCGGGCUUGUGCGUGUGCGUGUGCGUGUUUUACGCCGUAAAUCUCCACGUGAAAUACUGAGUAACAGUUGUGGGGUAAGCCUGUGAUCAAACAGCACAAAGGUUCUUUAAAGAAGUCCACUUUUAAGGCAUCAGAGAAGUUAAUGUGGCAGACAUUUUCAUUAAAACAUCAGAAGUAAAUUUUAUUUUAAACUUUAGGCCUCUGAAUUUUUCCAGUAAACACAGUUCAGCUAUGUGGCAAAGUCAUGGGUGGCAGCUAAAAUGACUUUUUACAUUCUACAAAAAAAGUAAAACAAAAGGAGGACACAGCCCCAAACGGUGUCGCCUCUUCGUGGCCGCUCCACAUGCACGGAAUCUACGAGGGUUUGUCACAGCGGGUGGCCCCGUUUUGUUGUGACUAUACAACGAACUUUUUUUUUUCUUCAAAAGUAUUUGUUCAGAUAACUUAAAAAUAAUAUAAAAAUAAACAAUGAAUUUGACUUUUCCUCAAAAAAAAAAAACAAAAAAAAGGACGGAAAGUCUAAACAAACAAUAGCAAAUUUUGGAAGUACAAAUGAAAUGCAAGGAUGUUGGUUCACUGAACGAAACAGAUCAAACAGUUCUUGGCUUUCAUGCUCUUCCCCAGCAUCACAACACCAGGCCAUGAUCAAAAACCAACGCAGACAAGAAAAAGGAACCGAAAAUGGUGGGGAAAGCAGUGUACGAAAUUUCAAAGAUAAAUACAAUAUUUAUAAUUGAUAUGUUACAAAAUAAAGUCCCUUAGCAACAGCAAGUGUUCAUGGAAAAGUAAGUAAGUGUUGAAUGGAGACCAUUUUAUUCCUCAUAAGACGCAUAAGGAAUAAAACUCGUUUUUUUUUU